CAUUACUCAGGUGUAGUUUAAUAGAGUUGUAUAAAAUGCCCUCUAGUCUUUUCCUUACCGCAUAUCAUAAUUCGAGCGGAAAGAAACCUUUCCUCUGAUAAUCAAGAUGAAGUUGGUGCUGAUUGUUGCGCUGCUUGGCGUCGCGAUGGCUGAUGUACCAGAGAAUCGCCGAGUUCAUGACAAGAACCUGUUCCAGGGGGACAUAGUGCUGACUCCUUUGCAGAGGGUGGCAGUGGACACGGGAAGGGACCCCACUGAGGUUGGGCGUGGUGCAUUCAGGGGGAACUUGUGGCCCAAUGGGGUCAUGCCCUACACAAUCGCCAGUUCGCUCAGUGAGUAAAAAACAGAGGCGCUU